UAUUGACACAGUUGAGUACAAUUGAGUCUUUUUCUUCCAGUUUCCUCUGCUCUGUUGAGAAUGUCCGGAAAUGAACAGGUUCAUGCAAUAGGGAUUGACCUGGGGACGACUUACUCGUGCGUGGCGGUUUGGCAGCACGAACAUGUAGAAAUCAUAGUGAAUGAUCAGGGAAACAGGACCACUCCAUCUUAUGUUGCCUUCACUGAUACUGAGAAAUUGAUCGGCGAUGCAGCGUUUAACCAGAUCAUCAAAAAUCCCACCAAUUCCGUAUUUGAUGCAAAGCGCUUGAUUGGUAGGAGAUUCAGUGAUACCUCUGUUCAAAAUGAUAUGAAGCUCUGGCCAUUCAAGGUCAUUGAAGGUGCCAAUGACAAGCCAAUGAUCAUAGUUACACACCAGGGCGGAGAGAAACAAUUUGCAGCUGAAGAAAUCUCAUCUAUGGUUCUCACAAAGAUGCGGGAGAUAGCUGAAAAGUAUCUGGACUCAACUGUGGAAAAUGCGGUUAUAACUGUUCCCGCCUACUUCAAUAACUCACAGCGUGAGGCUACAAAAAAUGCUGGAGUCAAUGCAGGUCUAAAGGUGAUGCGCAUUAUCAAUGAACCGACAGCAGCGGCCAUUGCUUAUGGCCUUGAGAAACAGGCCGGUUGGUAUGGCAAGAGAAAUGUGAUGAUAUUCGAUUUGGGUGGUGGCACAUUAGAUGUAUCACUACUUACCAUAGGGGAUGGUGUCUUUGAAGUGAAGGCCACUGCUGGAGACACGCAUCUCGGAGGUGAAGACAUCGAUAACAGUAUGGUAAACUAUUGUGUCGAUCAAUUCAAGUCAAAGCAUAAUUUGGAUGUCAGUGAAAAUCCCAAGGCUCUUAGGAGGUUAAGAAAUGCUUGUGAGAAGGCAAAAAGGAGACUUUCAUUUACGUCCACGAUUGACCUUGAAGUUGACUGCUUGGAUCGAGGUACUGAUUUCUUUAUAACAAUUACUCGUGCCAAAUUUGAACAAAUGAACGAGGAUUUCUUCAACAAAUGUAUGGAGCCGGUGGACAAGUGUUUGAGGGAUGCUGAUAUAGAGAUAACUAAUGUUCAUGAUGUUGUUCUUGCUGGUGGCUCUUCUAGAAUUCCCAAGGUGCAGGAACUAUUACGGAAUGUCUUCAAGGGGAAGAAGCUGUGCCAGAGUAUUAAUCCGGAUGAAGCGGUUGCUCAUGGAGCUGCUGUUCAUGCUGCACUCCUGAGUGGGAAAGGAGAUGGUAAACUGCAAGACUUCACUCUCGUAGAUGCUAUCCCUGUCUCACUUGGAGUGCAGGUUUUCCACAAUCGCAUGAACAUUGUGAUUCCAAGAAACACCAAAGUUCCUGUAGAUAAGAACUGCAGAUUGACUACUCGGCAUGACAACCAAGAUUAUGUCAGCUUCGCCAUUUAUGAGGGUGAGAGUGAAACCACUUUACAUAAUAACUUUCUGGGUGAAUUUCAGUUCCUAAAUAUUCCUCCAGCUCCUAAGGGUGUUCCUAACUUCGAUGUCUGCUUCAAUAUCGAUGACAACGGUAUCUUGAGUGUUUCCGCUGAGGACAAGUCUACCGGUCAGAAGAAUGGGGUCACAAUCAACAGUAACAGAACAACUUUUGAGGGAAUUGAGAAGAUGAGCUAAGAGAUAAUCAUUUUGGUUUAUGAUUUGAUCUUCAACAGCUGUAGCAUUUUCAUUAAGUUUCGUACUUGAAUUUUGAAGCCUCUAUUUUGGGACAGUUCUGCUGUUUAAUGAUAGAAAAUCUGGGAAAGUGUAGUAGCUGGGUGUUGCACCCUGACAAGAGGCCUAAAAGUGAUCUCCAAGCCAAUACCAACUUCCAAAGGCUCAAAAGAUCCUAUGAGGUUCUCAAGAAUGAAAGUUCCCGCAAAGUGUUCGACCAAAUGCUUAGAGAGCAAAGACAGAAAGAUGGGAACCAUUCGGAGCACGAUCCCAAGCGACAGAAGAUGGUUUCUGAUCUUGAAGCAAGAGAACGAGCUGCAAAGUUUGACAGGGAUGCCAAAGUUAGACAAGAAAAGAUGAGAGAAUGAAGAGGAAGUUAGAUGAAGAGUGUGCUAGAUAUCGUGCAAUGUCUCAGAAGAGAGAGCCUGGGGGAGUUGGGAAGAAGGUGAAUGGUGGUGUUGGAAUAAGCCUGAGGUUAGAAGAAGAGAAGGUGAUUAGAGUGCGUUGGGAAAAGUUUGAGGGUGAAGGCUAUACAGCAAAAAGGUUGAGAGACUUGUUGUCCAAGUUUGGUGGAGUUAAAAGACCUCAUCCUUGGUUCAGGUUGUUUGGCUUUGGUUCUGAUGGAGACUAGAGAUGCAGCUGUUGCCGCAACAGGAGAGGUAAUUGGUGAUCUUUCUAAUCCGUUGAGGGUUUCGCUUUUUCAACCGGUCGCACCGAAGAGGAUGGUGGCUCCGACAGCAGAGAAGUCUGAUGAACCUGAUCGAGUUAAGAAUUUGGUUGGGGUUGGCUUUCGAACAUUUGAAGAUGAUGUUUUAAAGAAGGUUGCACAGGCUGGGCAGAAGGAAAAACUUGAUAGACAAAGUGCAUAAAAAGAUGCUUUCUGCUUCAUCAUUUUGAACUGUUGAUAAUGUAUAUGCUGCUUUGUACACAGGUCCCUUAACACAUUUACUCUGUCAUUGUGUUAAUGAAAUUAUAGUGCUUGUUCUUUAUAGAUAUGUCUUUCUUGGAGAUAUUGGAUUUAUCCCUCAAGAACUCAUAAAGAAAAAAUGGAGGCAAAGACUAGCCUGUCAAAUUUGCAGGUUUUUGUGUUGUAGUAUGUGAGGACCCGCAUCCAUACAAAUUUUUCUUAGCUCUGUACUUCUUCUUCA